UCUUAGUAGGAUUUCCGAAAGCAUUCAAGACUGGUCGCAUCUUUGACAGUUCUCGCCAGUGUUUAUGAGUUAAUAAUACAUAAAUGAUAUGAAUUGGACAAAAAUAGAAGUCUCUCUCUCUCUCUCUCUCUCUCUCUCUCUCUAAUUAUCUUCCAUUGACUAUUUUAAAUAAUCGGUAUCUUCUUGAAUGUGAUCUUUAAACGAUGACAAUUUACUUAUACGCUCGAGAUAUGUUUGUUACAUGUCAGUCUGAUUAUUCUGUGUGACAACAACGAGUAUUAUGUCAAUAUAACUUUGUUCCUUUUGUUUAUGUGUCGUUACAUCUGACAUAGCAAAAUGAGUUCCAGUGCUAUUACUGCAAGAGCAGAGCAAUACUUUUACAGUAUUAAUCCUAUAGCUCAGAGGAUUGGCGAAGAUAUAAUUGCGACAAAGGAAGCUUACGAGGGAUUAUGGAAUACUUUAAGCACAGCAGACCGCAAUCAGGCUAUCAAUGAAACUAUAAUUCAGCCUGAGGUAGCUUUAAAGUAUACCUUGAAGAAAGUUGAGUUGACCAAAGAAUUACCAGAGUGGUAUCCAAAACUGCGCAUACAGACUGGAAUGAAAUAUGUUAUAGAUGAAACUGGUUCUACAUUACGAUGGAGAGAUGAGCACUCUGCGCCAUUUUCAUUUAUGACUCAAUCACAGAUGAAUCUUAGUAUUAUAGAUUCUAAUGAAGAUGUGAUAAAUAAAUCAAUGAGAACCCAGUUUGGAGAAUCACCACAUUUUUCCAGUCCUGUCAAGACACAAAGGGGCAAUCCUUGUUCAUUGAACGACAGUUACAACUCUGCACAUCAAAUCAGCUGUUAUCAGUCAGAUUGCUUUACCAGCAGCUUAUUCGAAAAUGAUCAAUGUAGCGACUUAUUGACAAACAGAAUUGAUAGCGAACAUUCAGAUAGUUUAUUCGCUAAAUUGAUCAAUAAGACUUCUUUGUUGAAAUUACAAAGCAAUGUCGAAGAUGAUAUGGAGAGUUUGGUAAGAGAGAGAGAUUCUGAUACAGAUAAAAGUCAAUCGAACACUGUAGUGAUAUCGCUAACAAAGUCAAGCGAUAUAAACGAGUCAACAGCUCUAUUAGAGACACCUAGUUCCUACAGCAGUUUUCAGUCAUCGCAAUUAAAUCAAGAUGAGGAAGAGAGAAGUAUACCAAAGACUGGAUUUGAGUUUCUUGAUAAUUGGUAAAUUUAUUCCAUUUAAAGAGUAACUCAAUUUCCUCUGCAUGCGCUUUUAUUACAUACAAGAUAUUUCCAUAAUAUUCUAGGAAUAUGUACUAAAUAUAUAUAUAUAAUGAAAAUAAUCAAAUCACAUACAUUGCUCAAAUAUUUGUAUAUAUAUACAAAUAUUUAAGCAAUGUAUGUGAUUUGAUUAUUUUCAUUGCUGUGUGUCGUAUAAAAACAUUUAUAUAAAUGUAUGUGUAAAAGUCAGAGUAUAUUUAUGUAGGAGAAGAUAGAAUAUUUUUUACAGUGAGCGAGACUUUUUAACAAGAUUUUUUUUAUAUG